AUGCGUCUUUGGCAGGAUGCAUCGGAUAAAGCAACAGAAGAAUCAAGACAAGCAGCCCUUUAUGCUAUCCAGCAGCAGAAUGAAUUGCGUCGUCAGCAGGAAGAAUUGCUUCUUCAGCAGGAAGAACUGCAUUGUCAGCAGGAGCAACAGAAGAAAGAAUCAAAUGAUCGGGAAGAAGAAUUGCUUUGUCAGCAGGCACAGCAAAAGCAAGAACAGGAGCACAUGAUUUACUCUUUUCAUCAAAAGCAGCAGAUCCAAGUUGAUGCUUUGAGUACCGCUGUUGCUAAGAAGCCAGCUUCACGUCCUGAUCAGAAAAGACUUGCUGACAAUUCGGCCCAAUGCUCAGUCUCCAAUAGGUCUAAAAGAGCCAGGCAAACCGUUGUGUCUGGUGGAGAUGAUGACAACAAAAGCAUGUUCUCUGAUGCCUCACAGACCAUGUUACCUGCCGUCCCAGAUAAUAUUCAAGUUCACACCGUUCAGCAAACGACUUGA